CUCCUUGCACGCCAUCGAGAGCCAUCCUCCCCCCUCUCGCGGUCUAGUAUGCUCUUGCCCGAGAUGAACUGCUCCUUCCUCAAGGCGGCGGCGGUCGCCGUGGUCGUGGCGGUUCUGGCGGCCACGGCCGGCGCAAACUCCUUCGUCUCCGUGGCGCCUCUCCCCGCCGUUUUCCUCUUCUCCCCUCCCUGCUUCCUGUGGAUCGCCGCCAACGUCAUCGUCGUCUGGCUCCUUUCCUCCUGCCGCCACCGCGGAACAGCCGUCGCGGCCGGACUCUCGUCCACGGCCAGCGACGUAUCCGCUGCCAUGGGCGGCAUGCUCUUCCCUCCGUUGGAACACGACGUCUUUGCUGCCGCUCCUGAUGACGUCGUCGCGCCGCCGGCGCCGGUCUCGACGAGCCGGCCGCGGGAAGCGAGAACGGCUAAGAGGCCGGUCGACCGCCCCCGCGUGCGGAAGAAACUCGCCGGCGAGGGCACGGUCACGGUGGGAGGCGCCGUGGCGGAGGCCAAGCCCAAGGGCAAGAAGGAACACAUCGAGGAGGAGAAGCCGAGGCCCUCGGCCGCCGCGACCGAGGCCAAGGCCGUUGGCGUGGACGACGUGUCUAUGGACACGGCGUGGCAGUCCAUCGUGAGGAGCGGCGCGGCGCGGCCGGUGGCCGUGCGGAAGAGCGAGACGUGGGGCGGCGAGGAGCUGCCGCGCAUGCGGCGCGCGGCCGACAAGGCCGUGGUCGCGCGGAGGGAGAUGCGUAAGUCGGCCACGAUGGUCCCGCCCUCCCCGCCGCACCCGGCCGCGGCGUCGUCCCCGGUGGCGGAGAGGCAGGGGUGGCGCACCAGGGACGUGCUGGGGAUGGCGCAGGACGAGCUCCUCCGCCGCGCCGAGAGCUUCAUCCGGAGGCAGCACGAGCACCUGCGCAUGCAGCGGCAGGAGUCCGAGCAGCGCCAGGCCAUGGAGCGCGACCGCCGCCGCCCUGCUCCCAUCCGCGUCUAGUCGCCGGCCAGCACGACAUGCAUCGCACAUCGCCUAUGCACGCGUAGCGUACGUACGUGCUAAUCCAUCCACAGGAUGGAUGGAUGCACGCGUCCAUGCAUGUACGGAAGGAAGACUGUACAGAAGUUGGUCAGCUAGCUAGCCGUACUAGCAUAAUCAUCAAGAGACAAAGAUGCCUGCCGCCAUUGCAUGCCUAGAAGGAACGAUGGAAGGACUACGUAGGUAGAGGGGGAGGAUCCGGCCAUGGCUGUCUAGCUACGUAGCACACUGAAGCAGUACUGGUCUGGUCAUGCACCGCGUCCUGCAGCUUCGGUCGUUGUAGAUUAAAUCCGUAUGUACGUAGGAUCAUGGUUGAGUGAGUGAGGAAUCAACGCUACAUGUAAGUUACUUUAACCUCUAAAUAAAUGAAGAGCGGUAGCCGUUUCUUUGUUCUUUUGCUCAA